CUCGAAAACUAUCUGUAGAGAGCCCAGAAUUUCCUGGUCUCUGAACUGAGUCCGCGAACACUCGCUCACUUCGGCUCCUGAGACUUGGCUUGGAAGCCGGGGAGGACGAAUUUGAACGAACCCUCUCUUAAUCCAAAGCUCGAUAUCUGAGCGGAACGCUCGGAGGAAACACCGCUCAGAGAAGGACGGCAUGUAGGGUUUAGCGUUGAUCCCGAAGUACCUCGGUUGAUCUGAGUACUACAAGUUUUGCGAGUUGCUGUGUUACUGGCCCGGUGAUGUUGGAUGAGUGACUACGAGUCUGCUAGAUAGGGGGGAAGAACGAAGGAGACGAGCUGGAGGGAUGUCAUGGCCAGACCGCCGCGCCGAGAGUUGCAACUUAUGACAAGGCGGUGCUCAGUGGAUACAUUUUUUCAGCUUGAGACUAGUGAGGGAAGGACAACGUCAAAGUGACUACGAAAACUCCACUCCGGAUUCCGGAGUGAUCAAGGGCUAUUUCAACCCCUUGAAUCCGGACUUUUGAGUCCGUAAACGAGUAGCCAGUGUAGUGAAGGUUCCCACCAUUUCACACCCUUAGGGAUAUCUGGGAACUGAGUGCAGUGCCAUCAAAAUGAUGUUUUACCCGUGAUGCCUUGCUUAUCGGUCGACUAAAUAAGAAUAGUGUGUGUGCCUUAUCAGAGACAAAAUAUCAUUCACCAUGGCCAUUUCAGAAUCACCCAAUCAAAGCAGUCAAACCAAAAGCCGUGUGGGGGUUCGUAGGGGUCCGAACACCAUCAAUACAGAUUGCAAUUCUAGUGGAACCACCACCAGUGGGAACAAGACCAUGGAUUACACUUGGAUGGAGCCCCACCACGAUCCCAUUGCCACGGAUACCAAUUUGGCCGAGAUCGAUUUCGAGGACUUCCGCAACGAAGAUCUGGCCUAUGCCUUCUCUUGUGGGGAGGAUGAAUCCGGAGGUUCCAGUGCGGACAUGUCGAUUUGUCGCUCGGAGGUGCUUUUCUCCUCCAUGCGUGAUUCAAGUCUAUUGAAUCAGACAGGAGAAGGAUUGCCUUGUCUGGGCGGUCUCGGUGGCGUUGGUGGUGGUGGAGGAGGAGGCGGCCUCGGGAAGCAAAGCAACAUCCAAGAUUCCUUAAUGGAUGCGCCAGAUUUCAAUUAUGCAGAUCAGGUCAAAGUCAACAAGAACCAUUAUCAACUUACCUACAGUGGACAUGGGGGAGCGGGGAGUAUGUACGCCAGUAUGAGCUCUUCUGGCGCCAUUGGAUCCUCUGCUGGAGAUGAAAACAAUCCAAUUCCGUUAUUGUUGGGGAGUGGAGGCUCGGGUAGUGGCGAAUCUUCAGGGAAGCUGACCACCUGGUCGAACUUGGGAAGUAAGCAGCGAAGCGAGUCUUACAACCAAUAUCAGCAACAGCCAAUUUCUUCACAACAGCAACAACAACAGCCUCUUCAACCCGAGCGUUGGCGUUCAAGACACCGUGAAGAGAACUCAUUAAAUAACAAUAAUAAUGCAUCAUCCUCAGGCUCGGGCUCGGCCUCGGCCGAAUCCAGGAAGUCGAGAAGCCUCCCUGACAUGGGGAGGGAGAAGCGGGGGAAUGGUAAUCAGAACACUAACGACCUCACCCCAGGAAGUGAGGCCAAAUUGGUCAAUGCCUUCAUGAAGAAUCGGGAGGAUCGCCUCUCGUUUGAUGACCCCCUGGCCACUCAAAUCAAUUUGGUGGGCGAUAAUCAGCAACAGGACGAACAGCAGUUUGGAGGCUGUGGUAUUCCCAUGAUGCGUAGCAAAGACACGGUUAAUCAGUUCUUGAAGACGGCCUCCCGCCAGCUCACCAGCAUUGAGGAAACUGCAGUGGAACACGGGAGCUCCAGUGGGGCGGGGAGCAGCCAAGCUAGUCAUUCUGAGGCCAAUAGCAGUGCUAACAAAGUUAGUGGAACCAUCUACGCCCAAGACACCAACACGGUCAAACGGAGGCCCCCAUUGCCAUCAAGUAGUAGCAAAGCGACCACUCCCUCUUCAAACCGCUCCUCUCGAGCAUAUCCAGAUUUGGACUUUCUUGAGAACGACGUGGGACUAUGGGACGCGUUUUUCUUGCACUCUAAGAACUCUUCCAAAUUCCAGUCCGUUCUGAGACCUCCACCCCUUCCUGUGGAGAGCUACCUUCAACGAUCUUCGCGAACUCAAGGGAGACAAAUUCAAAAUAGCGAGUCGCUUCGAACAUUGCUCCCAGAUCCUCAGAAGCACCUCUUGCCAUCGCCCUCCGAGAAUGCCCGAUCAUCGCCCAUUUCCCAAGUGUGUCAGUCAUUAUCUCGGCUCCAAGCUGCUGACCAUCGGGUCAUGCGGAGUCAGGACAUUCAGAAUGAGGCCAUUAAGUCGAUGUUCAAUCAGAAGUACCAGCAACCAAAUGCUGACGAUGUGCAAGUUGUCAAAGUCAAGGAAGCCUGGACUGAGGCCCCAGAGAAGGAGCAAGUGGUUCUGCGCGUGCGGCCCUCGAGGAAAGGCAAAGAGGAUGCCAAUCUCAAUCUGAUCAACAACAAUAAUCAAACGAGCUCAGAGGUGGGGGCGUCAAAGCGAAGGAGCUAUAUUCCUCAAGACUAUCUCUCUCAAGUUCUUCAGCAACCCACUACGCCCUUGUCCAGUUCCACGAGUGGUCGGAUCCCUCGCCGACCCAGUGAAUUCCCCAAGUCUGGAAGUCAGAAUGACCUGUGUGAUACCUGGACCCCUGAAGAGGAGGAUCGGUCCAAUUCUAGAUUGUCGCGGCUCUCAGGAGUGGCUACAAGUAACAACCCUUUGGGCUCAUCAGCUGGCAUUCCUGGGGCUCGACGACGAGGCAAUGGUACCUCGGCGGAAUACCCAUUCCACAUGAACUUGUGCAUGCCCAAGCAAGGCAUCAACUUUGAUCUCACCCAUAAAAGAGGACUUUUCAUCACUCUCUACCAAGCUGUAGAGAGAUUGUUGAUCUAUCAAGAGGAUGAACAGGGAUCCUCAGGCAUGUCUGCUUCAGCCUCGGCUCGGUGCAUUCUCUUCCACGAGCUCUGUCCGGCUCUCUAUGCGAUCAUGUCAGAUGGGCUCAAAGCUGAGGUCAUUACCAGUUUUGGUCGCAUGAAGACCACAGUGUGGAGUGUUAUCGAGGCUUUGACCCGGCAGGGACCUUCAUCGGCUCAAUCCACGUGCGACUUGGUCAUGCUUCUCAAUUCCAAGUUUGCCGCUAGUGGCGAAGAUGAGCGGAAGUUUGCAGGAUUUGUGGCAGGACUUCUCAACAUGUCAUGUCUGCACAUCUGGUAUGCCAAACUCAAAUGGAACAUGGACGUUCUUCUUCGAUUUUAUGAGAGACACGCCUACAUCUGCGCCCUUCACAAGGAGACUCGACUCCUAUUUGAUGAGCUCAACUUCUGUCUCCAACGACUCUACUCAAUUCCAUUCCAUCUCGAUCUCCCGUUCGCCUCGGAUCUCCUAGAAACCGUGCCCAGCGCAGCCUUCUAUUCCCGCAGUCAUUCCAGUUGGACCACGAGUGCUGGAGGCGUUUCCAUUCCCAGUGAUGCUCGGACGCCUAACUCGGAAAGUGGCGGGAGCACUCUGAGCGGGUCCGGCAGGAAAUCCAAGUCUCGAAUUCCGAGGCCCAUCUCUCUCCCGAAGAGGUUGGAGGCGAAGUUCGGCACAAGUCCGAGUCCGGUGAGGUCGAGCAAGGUGGUGAAACAAGUUUCCGUAGAAACGCCCAGUGGGGCCAAACCGGCCUCGGCCAGAAAGUCUCGGGUCAGAGAGACGAUUCGCUUGUUCGACUCGAGUACGAAGCACAAGCCCCCUUUAGUCCUGAGGAAUCCGUCGGCCAAUGGGGCACGCACUCGUGGCAACCUCUCGCAAGCCAAGUCGCCCAAAACGGGGGCCGGUGAGGCCAUGGCCCGGUUGGACAGCAGCGGAGGGGGUCGGACGCCCGACACCUAGUUUGUUGUGAGGAGGGUUUUGUUAUAAAUGUAGUAAAGUGCUGUAUCUACUCGUGGAUGGUUGAAGGUACUACAUGUGGAUAAUACUUAUGCUGAGAAAUUUGGUAAAUCGUGCUAAGCUGGCAAUCCUGUAUUUUUUGACAAUACGUGUUCUGCGCCCCAUUUUUUUGGAAUACUGUAUCCGAAGCGACCCGCUUCUGUAAAUCCCCAACCAAUGUAAGACAAUUCUUUACUACACUCAUAAGUAUUAGUACAUACAUGCAAUUUCUCCCGUUUUAGCAUCAUCCUCAACAUCCUUCCUCUUCUUCUUCUUCUUAUUAUUAUUAUUGUACAAGUAUGAACGGAUGUCGUUUAGCUUCCCCGCAAGCAUAGGCCUGUUAAUCUGUCACAUGCCUCGCAACUCUUCAUUUUUACACGGUUAAAAAUUCCAUCGAAUUUGUACGUUUUUGUGAAGAAAGCUGGAAGAUAAUCCCUUCACCUUGGUUGGAUCUGAGGACUCGAGAAAAUGAGCCCCAAAAUGACAACGUACCAAUGGGUCUGCGUGAGUUCCUUUAGAUUUCUCAUGUCAGAAAUUAUUUUUGUCAAACAAAAAGAAAUCAUCGAAAUUGUCCCAUUUGUUCUUGCAAUCAUUCAUGCUUUGGUGACAUUUUUCCGCCUACUUUCCUUUCAGAUAUUAUCAUCAUUAUUAAUAUUAUUACCAUCGUCAUUAUUCCUAUUACUAUUAUCAUCUUCAGUGUGUUUUUUGCCCAAUUCAAAAACAUUGUAAACAUUAGAAGAAUAAAUUUGAGAAUAGUUUAAUCAUCAAA